CGUAAAGCAGCUCGCCCGGGCUGGGCGGUCGCUGCCGCCCUUGGGAGGUGAGCGGACAUGAGCGGGAAUGGCCGGAGCAAGGCUCUGGAGCUGCUGCGGUCGCUGCCCAGGGUCAGUCUGGCCAACCUAAGGCCCAGCCCAGGCUCCAAAAAGCCGGAGAGAAGACGUGGCCGUGGAAGAUAUGGAGGUAGGAAGUGUGGUCGAGGUCACAAAGGAGAAAGACAAAGAGGAAAUCGCCCCCGAUUAGGCUUUGAGGGUGGUCAAACUCCAUUUUACUUGGCCAUACCAAAAUAUGGGUUUAAUGAGGGACAUAGCCGCAGGCGUCAGUAUCAACCCCUCAGUCUUCAGAGGCUCCAGUACUUGAUUGAUUUGGGCAGAGUUGAUCCCACGCAACCGAUUGACUUAACACAGCUCACUAAUGCCAGAGGUGUAACAGUGCAACCUCUCAAAAGGGAUUAUGGUGUCCAGCUGGUGGAGGAGGGUGCUGAUAUUUUUUCAGCAAAAGUAAAUAUUGAAGUGCAGUGGGCAUCUGAAUUAGCAAUUGCAGCCAUAGAAAAAAAUGGAGGUGUUGUAACAACAUCGUUCUACGAUCCAAGGAGUUUGGAAAUUUUAUGUAAGCCAGUGGUAUUUUUUCUGCGUGGCCAGCCUAUUCCAAAGCGAAUGCUUCCACCAGAAGAUCUAGUCCGUUACUACACAGAUGCCAGGAAUCGUGGUUACCUGGCAGAUCCAUCUAAGGUUGCAGAAGCCAGGCUUGAACUUGCCAAGAAAUACGGCUAUGUCUUACCAGACAUAACGAAGGAUGAGCUCUUCAAAAUGUUAAGUGCACGCAAGGAUCCUAGACAGAUAUUUUUUGGUCUUGCUCCAGGAUGGAUCGUAAACAUGGCAGACAAGAAAAUUCUAAAACCAACUGAUGAGAGGCUGUUAAAAUACUAUAGCUCAUGAAUUCAGGACUGGAGACAACUGCAGGUGUACAGGAAACAUCUGGAAAAUACCAAGAAGUAGAUGAAUUUUGUUGGUGUUUGUCAACCAGCCCAGAUUUUUGCUUCACUCAACAAACUGCCUUGUCAAUUAAUAUGAGCAUCUGUAAUCACAAAACAAAAUAAAACAAGUUUUCUAUUCUCA